AAAAGGAGAAAUCUGACCGACUUCAACGAUUACACACGAUGAAAGGCUUCGAGAACAUGGUAUUCAAUAUGGCGAGAGAGGCUUCCUCCAACGAGCAGCAAAUCUUUAGAUCGUGUCUAAAGUUGCAGAAAAAACCGACCGACCGAAGUCAGCUACGUUCCACAUGUACUUCAAAUACAGACGAAACAACUAUCAAGUACUACGACCAGACCUCAAAGUUUAUUAUGGCUUUAGUGUUCCCAAUGGCAGUCAGUGACCAAGACGUCAUCGUCCACAGCAUAGACGUCAUUAAGGCCAAAAUUAGGCACCUUUACCCAUGUGACGCAUCCUCUGUGCCACUGAGCAAGAUGUUUAAAGUGAAAGCAAGAGCAAGGCUACGUAAGAAGGGCUCCGUACAGGUGAUGAUUGUCGAUACGAAACUGAGGAGUAAAAUAGAGUUACCGGCCUUUGUUGUGUCAUCACAUGACAAAGGAAAGACUUGGGAGACAACUGCGGCCAGCCCGUCAUCGCGGGUUAUGAUGAAGAACAAACCGUGUGUGUCAGCGAUGAUCCGCGCAUGCCCAACGCACUUCAUGGCCAUCUCGUGCGAGUUAUGGCCGGAUGUGCCACUCUCUUUCAUGGACAAACUAGAGAUGCACACAGUGUCUCCUAGAGGAGGAUUGAUCCGCCUCCGGUGUAACAACAGGAUCACUAUCGCCGCUGAAAAGAAUUCAGUUGACAGGGAUAUAGACAUAUGCGUCCUGGAACAGGAGUCAAGCCCCACCCCGAUGGUAACCAUAACAGCGACAAAGGACAUUACCAGGCCUUUGAUACUAUCAAUUCCGUUCAAUAUGCUAGAAAGAGGAGAGAAUGCAAAGGGACUUAUCAUACUUGUAAAGGACGGUGACCUGAAAUGGCAGAAGGCACAAUGUGAAGCAUAUAAAGAACUGUGCUCCAUUAUCUUCGUGAUUAACAGUUUAAACAGACG